GGCGGGUCCGUGCGCACCGCGACCGUCGCUCCGCCAUUGAUCACAACGCCAUCUGACUCAACACUGUUUUCUCGCGAUAUUCCUGCUGGACGCCUCCAAAUCUCAGGCUGGAUGUGCAGUGGAUAAUUAAUGAAUGAUUUGGCACUUGUGCCAAAAUGAAGAUCGAUCGCACCAAAUUGAAGAAAAGCAGCUCUGAAGUUCCGGGGGACUGUGGUUGGCUGAUUGAGAAGCUACAGAGCUGUAGCAAUGAGGAGCUUCUCCCAGUCCUCCGGAGCGUGGAGACUUGGAGUUACGGAAAAUGUGAACUGUAUCACUGGAUUGAUGUCCUUGACAGAUUCGACACAAUUUUAGAAGAAGCAGCUCAGAAGGAUGAAGACAAAUGGGUGCUUCCGUGUGACCUCCCUCAGAAUAGCCAUGUCCAGGAGCUGGUGGUAUGGGUGCUCCACUUCACAACACUCCUUGUGGAGCACUCAUUCUCACGCCACCUCUACUCCUCCGUGGAGCACCUCAUCACCCUCCUCUCCUCCACUUCAAUGACAAUCGUCCUGGCUGUCCUAAACCUGCUCUACAUGUUUAGCAAAAGGUCUAAUUUUAUCACACGGUUAGCAGUAGCCCCUAGAAAGGCCCUGUUGACACGCCUCAUAAAUUUGGCCGAGCCAUGGGGUGGCAAGGAAAAUGGCUUUGGUUUGGCACAAUGCUGCCAGAAUCUUCCUCUUUCUAGCUUCCCAGAUAACGCCACAACUCUACACUACGAAUUCUAUGGCGAGCAUCAGCAGCAGCAGCAAUCUCAGCCGCAGUUACAGCAGGGAAGUGAGUCAGCAGGCAGCAGCGGCAGCAGUAGCAACAAUGCCCGAGCAAACAGUUCUAUCAUAACCAUUCAUAUAGACAACAUGCAAAAUAUCCGCAAAUCUCCAGCAGUUGUCAUGGAGGAACUGCUAGAAGUUUAUAAAGUGCCUCAUGAGAAACAGAUGAUCCUGUUUACCCACAUAAGAUUAGCUCAUAGUUUUGGACAGUUUGAGACCAGGUUACAGUGCGUGCAGGCAAGAUUGCAGGCAUUGUCGGUUUUGGUGUACUGUAAUGCGCUUCAGGACAAUGCCAAUACAGUAUUGUAUUCUGGAUUACUGGACGAAUUUGUGGAAGUUCUGGAGCUUAACGACACCAAGCUAACAGAAAUUAAGGCUGCAACGCUGCGUACCCUCACCUCCAUCAUCCACUUGGAUCGCAUGCCCAGCUUUCCCAAAUUAAACACCAUAAUUGAUGUAACCGGUGCCUCUUCCUACCACGGCUUCUUGCCUGUUAUGGUGAGAUCUUGUAUAUCCACGCUAACUGCAACUUCCCCCCCUACGCCUAACCCCUUCCCUGCCCCCCUGGCCACGGCCCUCUUCUCGUUCCUCUACCACCUGGCCAGCUACGAGGCCGGCGGAGAGGCGCUCGUGUCCUGCGGCAUGAUGGAGUCCCUCAUCUCGGUUGUCAAUUGGAAGGGCACCGAACCCGAUCACAUCACGUUUGUGACCCGAGCUGUGAGAGUAAUCGACCUCAUCACGAACUUAGACAUGCAUGCCUUCCAAACACAUGGUGGUCUUACUGCCUUCAUCAAAAGGCUGGAAGUGGAAGUUGACGAAUGUCGUAAGGAGCAGCCAUUCCUGAUCACUUUGCCAUCACCACUGGCAGAGAGCGAGUCUAGUAGAGGAGACUUAGAGCAGGCAGCCACAGCCGAAGGUGAAUCGGAGGAUGCUGCAGAGUCUACAGAAGUGCCUGACACAGCCACCCACUCCCCCAUGGACACUACAGAACCUCCUGUGUCUUAUAGUACUAAUGAUCUAGAGGUCAACCCUAGCCAGCCCGCCUACUCAGCCAGUAGACCCAGCACCUCCACGGCCAUGGACGUCCCCGCUGCUUCCCGGCCGGACUACAGUGAAGCAUCCAAGUCUGGGUUGUCUUGCUUGCCUCAAAGAGCUGCCCUCAUUAAGUCAAUGCUCAAUUUCUUGAAGAAGGCAAUUCAAGAACCUGGCUUUAGUGAGUCAAUGCGACAUCUGAUGGAAGGUUCUCUCCCUGCCUCCCUCAAGCACAUAAUUAGCAAUGCAGAGUACUAUGGUGCCUCACUGUUUUUGUUGGCAACAGAUGUUGUUACUGUCUAUGUGUUUGGGGAGCCGUCCUUGCUGUCGUCUUUACAAGAUAAUGGACUCACUGAUGUUGUGCUUCACGCACUGCUGGUGAAGGAUGUUCCUGCAACGAGAGAAGUAUUAGGUUCACUACCAAAUGUAUUCAGUGCACUCUGCCUCAACUCCAGAGGGCUUGCCGCCUUUGUUGCAUGUAAACCAUUUGAGAGACUCUUCAAGGUGCUGCUUUCCCCCGACUACCUGCCAGCCAUGAGACGAAGACGUUCCUCAGAUCCCAUGGGUGACACCGCAUCCAACCUUGGCAAUGCCAUGGACGAGCUCAUGAGACACCAACCAAGUCUCAAAGCGCAGGCAAUGAAAGCAAUUGUAAAGCUCUUGGAGGAGGUUUGUCUGUUAGGGAGCGACACACAUUACAUCUGCUGGAAGACACCACCCAAGCAUGAAGCAUCGCCAGCGCCUGUAUCUCGAACAACCAAUGAUAAUUCUAGUGAUGAAGAGGAAGAAGAAGAGGAGGAAAGAGAAGCAGGAGUAACAGGCCCUCCUGUUUCUUCAGGGCAAAGGGAAGAUGUACCACCCACAGACACCACCACAGGAGAGAAACGCCCAGUUCCAUUAGUCGAUUAUGUCCUAAAUGUGAUGAAAUUUGUUGAUGCAAUUUUAAGUAACAAUUCCACCGAUGACCACUGUAAAGAGUUUGUUGCACAAAAGGGCCUUGUUCCAUUGCUGGGCAUUUUAGGAUUGCCGAACCUUCCAAUAGAUUUCCCAGUAUCUCAGGCGUGCCAGUCAGUUGCUUCUGUCUGCAAGUCUAUUCUGAAUCUUGCUCAUGAAAGCGGAGUCCUGCAGCGUGGGCUUCAAUGUCUGAAUGAGAAGCUCGAAGCUCUUGCUCCCUUGCACCAGCCUUUACCGUCCCCAGGGGGUUCUGUCCUCUUGAGAGAGCUGGCCUCGGCACCCACCCCAGGCGAAGCAACAGCCUUUCCUCAGGCCACCCCUCUUCUCCACACACUAAGUGCAGUUCACGCCUACAUCAUGAUGCUCGUUCAUGUGUGCCGUACUGGCCAGACAGAAAUCCGACAGGUGUCCAUCAACCAGUGGGGCACAGAGCUGGGUCUGCGGGUGUUGGCCGGCCUCACUCAGCUCUACACGUCGCUGGUGUGGGAGUCGACUGUUCUGUUGGCCCUCUGCUCUGAUGACGCUCUGCCAGCUGGCUGUCUCUUUGGCAAGGAGGACACAGAUAAAUUGCUUCCCCCAGACCUAAGAGGUGAAGAGGGUAGCCGUGGUGAAGCCGUUGCCAUGGAAGUUAUGGAGACGGACACAGUGAAGAUGGGAACAGAGGCCAGCACCCCAUCAGGCGAGGGGGCCAGUGGAGACAGCCCAACGAGGCAGCAGUCUGCAGCCACGCAGCACCAAAUGAAACUUAUCAAGCCACUCUUGUCGUCAGCUUCAAGAUUAGGAAAGGCUCUUGCAGAGUUGUUUGGACUCCUUGUCAAGCUCUGUGUAGGAUCCCCCCUGAGACAGCGGAGAGGCCAGCAGGUCGCAGCCCCAUUGACUCCUCCAACAACUUCAGCACGAGCCGUAGCAUCAGCUCUGGCCAAUCUCCUUCAUGCAGGCCUGUCAUGGAGUCCCCCUCCAGCAUCCCCUCUGCCAAAGUUCCGUCUCACUUUUCUCAUCUGCUCAGUGCGGUUCACCAACCCCAUGCUCUUCGACGACAAGAAGAUGCCGUACCACCUGAUGCUUCAGUACUUCAUGACUUCUCAGGGACUCAAAGCUUUCUUUGAUACCUUUGAGUGGGCCAUAAGUGCUGGAGGAACCAUGCAGACACAGGAUGGUCUGGACUCAGGAGAGCUGCCCGAGGGAACGGGAGAGUUCCUGGACACCUGGCUCUUCCUGUUGGAGCGAUUAGUGAAUCCCCGGACCAUGCUUGACUCGCCACAUUCCCUGCCUGCCAAGUCUUCCCAGCCAGGCUACCAGCCAUUCAGUCCUCUCAAGUUCCUAAUUCACAUUCAGAAGCUUGCCUUUGAGGCUGUGAUGAAGUUAUGGAACAAGAAGCCACUGAAGUCGUAUGGGGUGAGGAUCUCUGAAUCCGUGCUGGUGAUCCUGUGCUCUGUCCUCAAGGGGGAAACCAUCAUCCAAGAGCGCCUGGCCUUGGAGAAGGAGACCACGUCCAGCACCUCCACCACCAGCAGCACCACAACUACCACAACCACAACCACCGCCACGACUGCCGGCACACCAGCGACGUCAGUGGCAGCGGCUGCAGCAGCAGCUCUAGGAAUCACGAAUCACGGGGAUCCAGUCAGCCAGGCACCAGCUGAGCCGGAGGUGAACCAGCAACAGUUGCAGGCACUCAUGGACAUGGGAUUCCCACGAGAGAGGUGCCUGGAGGCCAUCGCACAGAGCCACACCUUGCAACAGGCAACCGAAUACCUGUUGAUGAACCCGAUCAUGGAUCCAGUUGGGGUUGGGUCAGGUGGGGAUAUGGAAUUAACCGAGGAAGAUCAGAUGCUACAGGCAAUCGCAAUGUCCCUGGGAGAGAAUGUGCAAGUGUCGGGCAGCAGCGGCAGCAGUAGCAGCAGCGGUCAGCAGGCCAGUUCCGUCUCCAAGCCACCAGCUGUCCCACCAAAGGAAGAAGAUGAUGAACCUCUGAGCAAGAGCACACUUGACAAAUUCUGUGAGUGUGUCCUCGAAGGUUGCCUGAGUCAGCUGGACGUGCAACCACAAAUGGUGUACAAAGUGUGCGAGCUCCUUACAACUUGUGCAACUAGAAAUGGUAGCCAGUGGAGAGACAACAUGCUCACUACACUUAUUAAUCAGAUAAGUAGUCAAGCCGGCCAACUCCUGUUAAGUGGAACACUAUCUGCACCAGAAAGUGUUGAGCUUUUGUGUUCCUCCGCUCUGGCUGCAAAGUUCGCUGUCAGAUUACAUCUUGUCACUCUUUUGUUUGAGGAGAUGAAGAGAGGCUGUGCAAGGGCUAUGGAGCGUGCAGGAUUGGUAGACACCCUUAUCAAUCUCUUCACACUGACUCACGCUACUAUGGCGGCCAACCCUCCCUCACCGACUCAACCCACAUCCACACAAGUGGCGGGUUCAUUGCCCCCAGCACCCACGUCCGCGCAGAGCAAGGAGAAAGACAAGGAGAAGGACAAGGAUACCGAAAGCUCCGGCACUCCCAAGUGGCUAUCACCCGGCCUCCUCUUGCUGGACCUGUACGAGAAACUAUCCAUUGCCACCAAGAGAAGAGCAGCUGUGAGCAAGAUUUGUAAUCAUGUCUGGAAGUGGUUUGAUAUGAGCACACUGAAAUGGUGUGCUUACUCGGCUAGCAACAACAAAACAAUUGAUGACGCAUACUGGGCAGGUGAAACCAGCAUCAGAAUUAUCAAUGGAAGAAGAAAGUACACUAUACAGUUCAAUUCUAUGGUCCAGGUUAAUGAGGAAUCAGGAAAUCGUCGUCCUGUCAUGAUUACCAUCAAGGACAAAGUAAUUGCUGAGCAGAAGAAAAAGCUGCCAGCAAUCAUGGCCAAGGAGGAGAGUGCCCCUGCCACCGAUGACGACAGCCAGACAGACUCGAAGAAAACAACCUCCUCGGAGGAUGAGGCCAAGAAGGAGGAAGGGGCAGAGGCCGUAACGGAAGCAGUGACCCUGGUGGCUGCCAUGUGUCCAGAGGUAGAUGUUCAGCCGGCUCCUGUUACCGUUGCUCCAGAGGCGGAUGAGAAGAUGGAGUGUGAAGACGGAGAGGAGACGACAGCUUCUGCCUCUACGGACCUGAACAACUUGGACUUAACGGCUGUUGACGGCCUGACAGAAGCUCAUCAAGAAGCCAUGAUCAGAGCCUGUGUUGGUUUCAUCAAGCUGGGUGUAGAGCCAGAUACCCUCCAUGCCCUGAUGCGACUAUGCCUGAGAAUCACCCGUGUUUGGGAGCAGGCAUGCCUCUUUGCCAGUCUUGGUGGCGUGCGUACCUUGCUCUCCCUGACUGAGUCCUCUGGCUUCUGGGGUUUCCAUAAUCUGGCAGCUCUGCUCAUGAGACACGUCUUGGAGGAACCAGCCACUCUGCGUUAUACCAUGGAGAAGGUGGUGAGGUCAUCAGCAAGCAACAAUACCAUGUCAGGGGCCAAGGAGCUCCAUUACUUGUUACGCCUCUUAGCACCGGCAGCCUGCAGGGAUCCUCAGCUGUUUACCGAAAUCACACAGCAGUGCCUUCGCAUUGACCUUAACAUGACUUUGAAGCGAAAUCUUAUGUCGGCUAAUAGUGAAGACAGUAUUCUCAUGAAGAGCAUUGGAGGCAAGAGUGCCGUUGGGGGUGGAGCCACAGGCAGCACGAGUGGGACUGGCAGCAGCAGUGGGGCGAGCACAGGCGUACCCUUGAGUUCAGAGCCACAGCAGCUGAUUCAUGACCUUCUGGAAGCGCUGACGACACUCAGUGAUGAUUCAGAUACAGCGUCUACGACUGCGACAACGCCAAGUUCUGCCGUAGCCCCAAGUGUUGCCGCCACCACCACGCCGACGGAAGAGAGAACUGGGUCGGCUGGCGGCAGUGCCCGCAGACAGCUUCACUUAUCCCGUUCAUCUUCAGCCAAUGACAUGGUUGUUCAGGAAGCAGAUGAACAGAGUCCAAUGGAUAGUGAAAGCAACAAGUUACCUGGAACUGAUGGUAAAGCUCCCUCCAAUGAUAAAAUGGAUGAUGCUGCCAAAAAGAAGAAACCGUUGCUGUCGAAAUCAUUAAUUUGCAAGUUGAUUGCGGAGUUUGUCCGUUCAUAUGCUGGUUGUGCAAAACUAGUCACAGAGCAUCACUAUUCGUCUGGUGCUAAUGAGAAAAUCACAGAGGAUUGUUCUGCUUUGGCAUACAUGUUAGAUCACUUAGUAUGCAGUGGCCCUACCUCAGAUAUGGUUGGUGGAGGCUCAACAGCAGAUAAGGACACAGCAGGUCAUGUGCGUGUUCUUAUAGCUGCACUCGCAUCGUGCAAUCAUGCCCCUGAUGCACAAACAAUACUUGUGACAGAGGUUAAGGGAGCAUUGGCAAGAGCGACAGCUGUAGCAGAGAGUGCAGAGAAACAUGCAAGAUUGCAGGCACUUGUGGGUUUGAUUUGCACGAUGAUGGAGGCUUGUCCUGCCCAGUUGAAUCAGCCACCAAAUCUCUGCUUCAAACAGCAGCAACAUGGAAUGAACAACAUGAUCAGAGUGAUGGUCCGCAAAGGCCUCGUGACAGAUCUUGCCAGAAUACCCCAUAGCUUAGACCUGUCCUCGCCCAACAUGGCAGGCACAAUCAACGCUGCACUGAAGCCACUCGAACUUGUCUCAAGAAUUGUUAAUCUUCCAUCGUUCGUCCCGACAUCUUCAUCGAAAAAGAAAUAUCCACAGCACGACGAUCAGCAACCACCCGGUAUUGGAACAGGUACAACCAAUAGUGAAGCUACUCGUGCACAGGGUGAUGACAACAUAGAAGACACAGAGAAUACCGAACAUGAUAUAUCGGGCGCUGGAGAGAGCCUGGAGCCAACCUCGGAUGCACAUCCUAACGAGGAUAGCACUCUAGUAGAAGGGGAUGAGGCUGGGCUGGAAGAGAUCCUCGACCAACUACUGGAAGAAGGCGCUGGAGGGGGAAGGACACAGCAACACCGAGAUUCUGUGGCUGCAACAGUUACCUAUGUCAUCGACCACGAUCCCCCCAUGGACACAGACGACACCCUCCAUGACUCACGGAUGGUGACUCAUUCUGAAAGUCAGUUCCUUGAUGAAGGAGAAGGAGGAGGAAAUGAAGAGCAGGAGGAUUCGUCUUCUGAUUCUUCAGAAGAGAGAGAAGACGAAGAAGCAGACGACGAUAAUGAUGACGAAGAGGUGGAGGAGGAGGAGGAGGAAGAGGAGGAUGGUGUUCACCACUUGUCACUCCACCCGCUUGCUCUAAGCCUUACACCUUCAGCUCUUGUGAUCCGGGCGUAUUGGACACAGGCUGAUGACGACGACGAAGAUGAGGAAGAGGAAGAGGAAGGCUCCGUGUUCGACGAGGGCUACGAGGACUUGGAGGAUGCCUUCAUUCGUCUCCCGGGCGAGCGGGACUCCGACGACGUCCUCCUCCUGCCGUCGUACCAGCAGUACAUCGACACCAUUGACACCAUCAUCUUUGGCGACCGCGUCUCUCUCCAUCACCAUAGCAACUCGCAUGAGGAUCCGACAUUUAUGGCAUCAACACCUAAUGCCAAUCCAAGUGGGAGCAAUGCCAUCCCAAUGCACCCACUGUUCCAGAACCCACGCGAAGUCCCAGCCACUGCCAGUGCCCGCCUCAACAGCCGGCCCAGUCGCCAACGCGGGGUGCUCAGGUACCAUACUGUCACCCCACGCACCCACACCACCACCACCACCAUACUCCAGAGGUUGUUAGGGCCAAGUCACCGCGAUGCCCUCCAGCUCUCUUCAAACCUGCGUGAGGCAACGCAGGUGCUCUUCACCAAUCCCGAUGUAAGGCUCAUGCCCCCAGACCCUGACGAGUUCAUUGAUAUGCAGUUACAGGAUCAUGGCGGCACAAUGAUGAAUAAUGGAGGUUCGUCGGCUUCACUGGCCAGCGUCCCCAAUGCCCUCUCACGGUGGACGGAAGAGGCCCGGGUUUUAGAAGCAGAUUCCAUGCAUGAUGCUGUUACAGUGGUCAAGCCUGCUCUGAUGGCAGUGUUAGAGAAGUACAGAGAUGCAGAACAGUCUGAGCGUGACAAGAAGAAGAAGGAGCAGGAAGCCAGCAAGCCGCCACCAGCUUCUACGGAGACCUCCCAAGCACCGCUUUUGCUUCUGCAGAGUGGUGACACUGAAAUGGGAGAAGCCACUGAAAACAACCAAGCCACAUCAGAUCAGGAGCCAGCUAACCAAGAGACCACCGGCCAGGAUGCUGCCAUCUUGAGUACUGCUUCCAUUGCCGAGUCCAUUGUGGAGUCUGUCCUCGGCACCUCAUCUGGCCCUGUGACGACUACAGCAACCCCCAGCUUCUCUGGUUUGUUGACGCUGCUUUCUCCAGUAUCAUCUGGUGCACCAACACUGCCUCUACAGGAACCCCCAGUAUCCUCCGUCCCAGCCAUUAGUGGAUCCCUAACAUCUGGUGUUCCUUCAGCCCCAGCAACACCCCAGACCACUACUGUUAGCAGUCUGCCUCCAUUCCCCUCCCCUGCAACUUCUACCUCCACACCAACACUUGUGGCUCCAACCAACACUUCCUCCCUGGAGGCGGAGGCCACAUCAUCCACCCUCACAGUUAAUGACACAGAAAUGGUGGCAGCCUCCCCAUUACCAGCGACAGGGUCCACUCCAAUAUCUCAGGAUAAUGUAGAGGCUCUGGCUGCCCAAGAAGAGACUCCAAUGUCUGUCAGUCCUCCAGAAUACCCCAGCCAGUCACCUGAGCUGCUUGCCUCUUCCGGAGAUGCAGCCUCCACCCCUCCUUUACCUCAAGUCACCCCGAGGGACGACUGGUACGACCCAUCCAUGACAAUGCAGCAAGACCCUCCUCAAGAUCAGUCUGAGGACCAAGCUGGAGCACCCCCAGAACUUGCUAUGCCACCCGCAUCAGAGAGCAACACUGAGGGCAGGAGCACUACCACGGGAAGCGAGAGCAACGUGGCCGGCCCCUCGGGAUCCAACAGCAACAGGCCCGACUACUCUGCCAUCCUUGGAGACAUUGAAAUACCCGAAGGUGUUGACCCCAGCUUUUUGGCUGCCUUACCGGAGGAGAUGAGACAGGAGGUCAUCGCUGAACAGCUUAGACUUCAACGCGUGAGACAGAGAGCAACCGAAAACACAAGGGAGAACAAUAGCACGACUGUUGGUGAGGUGAAUCCAGAGUUCCUAGCAGCACUGCCCCCUAAUAUCCAGGAGGAGGUGCUGGCUCAACAGCGCUUAGAACAGCAGCGGCAACAGGCAGCCAGAUCCAACCCAGACGAUCCAGUAGAUUCAGUUUCGUUCUUGCAAACACUCCCACCUUCCCUUAGACAAACGAUAUUGGCUGACCUCGAAGACUCGCAGUUUGCUGCCUUGCCACCUGAGUUGGCCCAGGAAGCCCAGACCCUGAGACGGCAGAGAGAGGAGCGCAACCGCCACGCACAUGAGCACAUGUUCAGCAGGACCAACGCAUCGCUGUCGUCCAUCCUGCGCAAUACGGCGAGAAUGGGCUCGCGCCUCAUGCACUCCUCCAGCUGGUCCACAAGCUGGAAUCUGCGGCCGUCGUCCAGUGGGCAGCAGGCCUCUACCACGACCACCAAGCCGAGAGGAAGGCAGUUGCUAGACCACGAGGCCAUGACCUGCCUUCUGGUCCUGCUCUUUGUGGACGAGCCCAAGCUGAACACUGGCCGCCUGCACCGCGUGCUGCGUUACCUGUGCCACCAUGCCCCAACUAGAGAUUGGGUGAUUAAGGCCUUGCUCUCUAUCCUGGAGCGUUGUGGUGACCCAACACUCUCCAGUCGUUCUGCUGGGCCCAGCACUGACCUCCCCAUGCCCAGCCUCCCCCCCAUAACCCCCGAGCCAGCCAGCAAGUGUGGCGGCAAGAAGGGCACGGCAGGGGGGAGAGGGGACCAGGCACCCCUUUCCUCGACCCCCGUGUGGCGCAGCGAGUCCCGCUCCCCAGCCGCGCCCUCCUGGUUGAGCAUGAGCAUGGACGCAGCAUUAGGGUGUAGGGCGAGCAUCUUCCAAAUUCAUCGCACACAGCCCACAGGCAAACGCACAUCUGUGGCAUCCUUGACAACAGCUGUUAAUAUUCACCCCCAGGCUUCUCCUCUGGUGUGCAGACAUGCACUUGACACACUGAUCUCAUUGGCCAAAAGUUUCCCCAGCCACUUCUUGCCUCACCAAGGGAAGGAAACAGAUGACAGUAAAAGUGAUAGUAAAAAAUCGAGCAGUGGAACGACCACAGGUGCUAUUAGCAAGAACUCCAAGGGUUCAUCCUCCUCUAGUCAGAGCAGUGAACCCACAGACUUUUGGGAGUUGCUGGUGAAGUUAGACUCAAUUAGUGUCUCGCGUAAGGGCAAGGGGCUGCCACGCACCCACUCCAGCGCGGGAGGGAACAGUGAGGAGGAGCAGCGCGUGGCAAGCCUGGAAGCGUCAGCAUUGGGGCAACUCAUACAGCAGCUGGCUCACCCUGUCAUCCGGCGGUCGUCGCUUCUCACAGACAGGUUGCUGCGGCUGCUGGCCCUCAUUUCCUUAGGCCUCCCAGAAACAGCUGAUUCAGCCUCCACGCAAAACUCCAACACCACAACCCAGCACUCAGUUGAGAAUUCUCAAACCCUAGAACAUUUGUUGAAAUUAGCAAUUCAGGUCCUGACCAGUAAAUCCUGUUCCGAAGAGGGCUUGGAGGAUGCCACGGCUCUCCUCCUCCACCUCUCCCACGGCCCCCCUCCUGCAAGGGACCAGGUGUUGCGUCUCCUGCUGCAAGGAGCUGCAACUUUAGGCUCUACUGUAGCUACACACAUUGCGGCUCUUCUCUCUGAUCUCCGAGCGUACAACGCCUCACACCCGAUGGCAAGCCAUGAAGAUGAACACCAGCCUCAUGUCACAGACAAGAGCAAGAAGGGCUUGUUGCAGGACAGAUUCACCAAUGAAUGUAUUAUCAUCAGCGGGGCAACUAAGGUGAAACCCCCGUGCGAACUACAACUAGCUUCUAUGUCUGCCCUCACAAGCAAAACCUCCUCUCAGGCGUUCUUCCUCCGUACCCUAAAGGUCAUCAUACAAUUAAGAGAUGCAAUAAGAUUAUCACGCACCAGAAGAAAUGCUCCUCAGAGCAAUAACACCAGCGAGAGGCCAACCAGCGGUGGCCAGGAUGUAGCAGGUAAUCAAGAACCAACAGAGGGCACUGGAGGAGAAGAUCAGACCGCUGCCAGCAACAACCAAGAACAGUCUGACGCAGCAGCUAGCCAGGACAUCACGGAAGCGACAUCAAGAACAGACACGGCGAGUAGCAGAGACCAGCUGGAGGAGAGCCAGCAGUCCCAGCAGCAGGCUCAAGAGAGGAAUGUUGAGACUGCUGUGUCAAUAGACGUGCCCAACCCAGACACAGAUAAUGUUGUCAAUGCAACAUCCACUCCUCAGGAGGAAGCAACACAGCCCACUGCUGAAGCCAUGGAUGUUGAUAAUGAGACAACAGAAACCACGGAGCUGGGUAGCUUAAGCAGUCAGCUGAACUUGGACGAGCUCUGGUCAACACUUUCCGAGUGCCUAGUGGAGUUAGGGGAGACCCCAGACACCCAUGCUGUGCUAGUCCUGCAGCCUGCAGUCGAGGCCUUCUUCUUGGUCCAUGCUUCAGGGGCUUCAGGGGACAGGCGCGAGAGGACUACCACGCAGACUGAAUCACGAGAGGCGCAGCUGGCUCACCUGCAUCAUGAAAUCGCUCCUCUCUCGCCUCUGCCUUCUGUUCCUACAGAUGAUGGAGAAGGAGCAUCCAGUCAAGCGGGUGCAAGAAAACGAGAAAAUUCCACAUCACAGUCAGAUUACAGUCCUGGUGAUACAGAGAAGUUCCUUAAAUUUGCAGAGACACAUCGCACAGUCCUCAACCAAAUUCUUAGACAGUCGACAGUUCAUCUUGCAGACGGUCCAUUUAGUGUCCUUGUGGACCACACACGCCUUUUAGAUUUUGAUAUUAAGCGCAAGUACUUCAGAACCGAGCUAGAGCGCGCAGACGAUGGCAUGCGCCGAGAAGAUCUAGCUGUGCAUGUACGUAGGGAGCACGUCUUCGAAGAUUCCUUUAGAGAGCUGCAUAGACGGUCCCCUGAUGAAUGGAAGAACAGGUUUUACAUUGUAUUUGAAGGAGAGGAAGGCCAGGAUGCUGGUGGCUUACUGAGAGAAUGGUACAUGAUCAUCUCUCGGGAAAUCUUCAACCCCAUGUAUGCCUUGUUCUGCACGUCCCCGGGAGACCGCGUGACCUACAUGAUCAACCCGGCUUCUCACUGCAACUCGAACCAUCUCUCGUACUUUAAAUUUGUCGGACGCGUUAUUGCCAAGGCCAUCUAUGACAACAAGCUCCUAGAAUGCUACUUCACACGGUCAUUCUACAAGCACAUCCUGGGCAAGAUGGUCCGAGUGGGAGACAUGGAGAGCGAGGACUAUUCCUUCUACCAGGGUCUCAUAUACUUGCUGGAGCACAACGUGGCCGACUUGGGCUACGAGUUGACAUUCAGCACUGAGGUACAAGAGUUUGGCGUGACAGAAGUAAGAGAUCUCAAACCAAAUGGAAGAAAUAUAGCUGUGACGGAAGAGACGAAGAUGGAGUACAUUCGCCUGGUCUGCCAGAUGAAGAUGACCGGAGCCAUUAGGAAACAACUGAAUGCCUUCCUCGAGGGCUUCUACGACAUCAUUCCCAAGCGCCUCAUAUCUAUCUUCAACGAGCAAGAGUUGGAGCUCCUCAUAUCCGGCCUGCCCACCAUUGACAUCGACGAUCUCCGGGCGAACACAGAGUACCAUAAAUAUCAACCCAACUCAUUGCAGAUUCAGUGGUUCUGGCGAGCACUACGCUCCUUCGACCAGGCAGAACGAGCCAAGUUCCUCCAGUUUGUGACGGGAACCAGCAAAGUUCCGCUGCAAGGCUUUGUGGCCCUAGAAGGCAUGAAUGGCACCCAGAAGUUCCAGAUCCACCGGGACGACCGAUCGACGGACAGGCUGCCUUCUGCUCACACUUGUUUCAACCAGUUGGACCUGCCAGUGUACGAGACGUAUGACAAGCUACGCCACUAUCUCCUGAAGGCCAUCCAUGAAUGUUCGGAGGGCUUUGGAUUCGCAUAAGCAGUCAUAGCUCUUCCAUUACCCCAACCAGUGACUUUUUAGUACACGUUGAAAAGUUUCCAGACUUAUCUGCACAGUGGGAGCUCCAGGUUACUCACGAACACCCCUUGGAAAACAGGAACCUUAUCAAGCACAAGUACAACCGUGGUACAUAUUGAGACACCUGAUAUCUUCACAUGAGGUUCUGAUAUUUUGUGGUUGGAUUGAAGCACGUGUGUUUAAAUGUUGAUCUUCUAGAGGAUGUUAUGACAGUGUUUAUAAGUAUUCUUCGAAGGGGAAGAUGGACACUGCUCCAGAGGACCAUGAUUUUGGAGCUUCUCGAGAUAAAUUGUUAAUGGAAAGGCACCGAAAGCUUGACAUGUUUAUAGCAUAGUAUAGUGUAUAUUAUAAUGAGAUAUACAUAUUGUAGUUGAAAAUGUCCUUCUUUUUUUAUUUCUUUUUUCUUUCAAUUUUGUAUUUUGUCUUGUUUGAGUGGAUUUAUCACUAUGUAUUAUGUGCACAGAUAUUAAUGAAAGAGAUAUUUUGAGCAGCUUCAGAUAUUUUGUAAGCAAACAUUCAACCCUCUAGCAGUUGCUAAAAAUGUGAUAGAUUACCAGGUUUUCACCCUUGAUAUGAUGAACCCUUCCCCUCAACCCAUCCAUUCUUCCCCCAAAAGCGAGUCCUGUCCCCCAGUUGGUUUAUUUCCUCACUGCCUGCCAAGCAUAUUCUAUGAGUAAGCCAUUCCCAUUCUCUUCCCCUCCUUCCCCUUCCCUUCAGUUCAGUUCCCUUCCCUUCCCUUCCCUUCCCGUCCUAAGCCUGCAUUCCCAUGUAACAUUUACCAACCCCUAUAAUUAAUCACAUAGCAGCCUGUGCCUAGCUUGCCCAUCUGUAACCACUGUUCUGUUUAGUUACUUAGCCUCACCUGGGUCAACCCUCAAACCAGAGCAAGCACUGGAGAUUUUGAGACCCGUGAUUUGUUUUACUUUGGAAGGAAUCCCCAGUUUAAAAAAUAAUAACAAUGAUAAAUAGGAAGGGACCCAAAGACGUGGCCACGCAGUCUCAGGUUUGUGAAAUUAUGCAAGAGGCUGCAGUGCUGACGAUCCCUCCUCGUUCUGUUCCAACUUGAUACGUUUGACCUUGUUAAAGACAUUUACCUUCCACUAGUAUUAUGAUCACUGUGCUGUAUAUUCUGGCCUCACUACUGCUGUACAUAUAAGUAAAAGAAAUACACUGGUAUAUCUAAUGUGAUAAAUUUUACAUUAAGGGCUGUCAUAGAUUGCUACAAAGACGUCGGUGAUAAGCAGGAGGAGACGAGAGAUGAACAUGUUGUAAGCAUGUGAAGUAAGUGUGUUUACUGGGUUUCCAUGAGUUUUAAAAAAAAUAAUAUACGGUGAAAGAUUUUAUAUUGAUUAUUAUUUUGGAAAUUCCAAGCACUACCACUUCUCCACUAUAAUAGUAAACUGGAUGAUUAUUAAGAGGAAUGCAUCUUUUCUUCAGAAUGAAUGACCUGCUAACAGUCAGCCACUGUGUCAAUUCUGGCAAAACAAAAGCAUUGUUAUUUGAUUGUUUGUGUACAUUGUGAACUGAGUAAUACAGUGAGAAUCAUGUUUUGUGAAAGCCAAGAGUUGGCAUUUUCUGUUGUUAGUCAAGUGUUUCUUGCCAGGGCUUUGGAAGACGUGUAAAGUAUGUCAUACUAAGUAAAUGUAUACAGAUAGAUAGUGAUCCUAUAUUUACUUUAUUAUGGGUUGAUUUUUUUUUUUUUUUUUUCUUUUUCUUUUUCUUUUUUCUUUAUCUGAAAUUUAGUCAUUGAUUGAGUUUAUUAAGUUAUCAGUCAGCCCAGAUGUUACAUAAAGUGUAUUUUAUCACAUGUGCAACAAUCGUUCUUCUACUUUAACAAGUUGGCAUUAAAAUACACAGUAUUAAAUAA